AUGGCACUUUUAUACCAAGCUCAUGAGGAAAAACAUCACCUUCCAGGUAUGUUCGGUAGCCUUGAUUGCACCCAUUUCGUUUGGCGAUUUUGUCCAACAGAGUAUCGAGGCCAAUUUAUGCGAGAAGAUCAUCGAUACCCGACUGUUAUGCGCGAAGCGGUUGCUUCUCAAGACUUAUGGUUUUGGCAUGCUUUUGCCGGUCCACCGGGUUCUCAAAACGAUAUCAAUGUUCUACAACAAUCUCCGUUAUUUUUAACGGAACGAAAUGGAACCGCGCCAAAAUGUCCAUUUUACGUUAACAACCAUUCACACAAACGUGGUUAUUUGCUCGUGGAUGGAAUCUACCCUUCAUGGUCAGUGUUUGUGAAGUCGAUCCCUUACCCUCACGAAGUAGACCAAAAGAAAUUCAAGAGGCAACAUGAGGCGGCAAGAAAAGACGUCGAACGGGUUUUUGGUGUUUUGAAGGCGAAAUGGGGUGUAUUGAGUCGACCGAUGCGAGCAAGAUCCGUGAAAAAAAUUAGGAGUGUCGUGUACACGUGUAUUAUUUUACACAACAUGAUUUUGAAAGAUGAAGGAAAGGCGAUAGCACCGGUGCACAUUCGGGAUCAUCCGGUCGAGCCCGCUCUAGACGAUACGGUGUUGGGCGAGUUGAUGGAUGAAGACACGCAUUGGAGACUAAAAAAUGAUCUCAUAGAUCAUCUCGCAAGUCAAGAUUUACCACACCUUUUGGUCGAUUCCGACGAAGACUAG